AUGCCUUCGUCACAGCCUGGAUUUGUAGAUUUCUUCCUGGGGAAAAAUAUCGGCAUGUCGCAGGGAUACCAGCCUGUCGUUCUGGGUUGUCCACCCGUUCUUCCCGCCGUCCCCCAUUUAUCCGCAGUCGACGGAGUUCCGUGGAUUUAUCCCGGAUUGCAAGGAUACCAAUUUAUUCCGUAUCCAAACUCGAGAGACAUAAGACACAUGGUAAGUAAUUGUUUCGACCUGAAGGCUGCGUCUCCAUACCACCAAGCUCUACUCGGCCGGGGAGGAUCAUUCUAUUCGCCGUACCGGCCAGUGGCAGCGGAAGACUUCAGUAGGGUGGCAAAGGCGUCCAGUCGAGAGAGCACCAGCCCACUGAAGGCCUGGCUGAACGAGCACAUAAAGAACCCCUACCCUACAAAGGGGGAGAAAAUUAUGCUCGCCAUCGUCACUAAGAUGAGUCUCACACAAGUGUCCACCUGGUUCGCUAAUGCCAGAAGACGUUUAAAAAAGGAGAACAGAAUGAACUGGGCGGCCAAAGGAAAGUCCGACGAGGACGAAGAAGAGGAAGAGAGCGACGAUGAAAGUUCGGGUCAGAAAAGUCUGUCCUCUGAGGGCGAGGAAGAUAUUGACCCACAGACCGUCGAUUUGACAGGUGGCACCGUCGAGGGAGCAUCCCCGACCAUGGAUUUGCAUCUAAUGCAACGACUGAGCGAAAGACAGAGAGACAGUAGUCAAAGCGAUGUCGCACCCGUGUCAAAUGAAAAAGAACCCGGCUGCGUAAAAGCGGCGUGUAAGGAAAACAUUAAUCCACCAAAACCUAAAAUAUGGUCUCUUGCGGAAACUGCGACCUCGGGGGACGACAGAAACGACCGUGGCGGAAGCGAAGAUAAACCAGACACUAUCGCGGACCUUAGAAAGCGCUGGUUGCACUGGACGUCAAGAAGUGAACAUUAUCCUUUCUCAGAUUCAUCACAGUCUGUUUCCAAACCGAACCAAUUCAGUUGUUUGAACUAG